CGUUAACAAAGUAGGAUGUCGAAGGCUUAUCAGGUUAUUUAUGUCGAUGAUUUUGAGAGUUUAACUUUAUAUUGAAUGUUACAUAAAAUUGGAAAAAGAAAGCCGAUGUUGUGUGGACUACGCGAAUCAAGAAAUGGGUCAGUUUAUGUGUAAAUUAUGGAAGGCCAAAGAGGUCAGAAUUCUUAUGAUGGGUUUAGAUGCUGCUGGUAAAACAACUAUUUUAUAUACAUUGAAAUUAGGUGAAGUUGUUACAACCAUACCAACUAUAGGCUUUAAUGUAGAGACAAUUCAAGAAAAAAAACUAGGUUUAACUUUUACUGCCUGGGAUGUAGGAGGUAGAGAUAAAAUACGUCCAUUAAUGAGACAUUAUUUUCCGAACACAGAUGCCCUGCUAUAUAUAGUAGAUAGUACGGAUGAUGAAAGAUUAGAUGAUGCUCUCAGUGAACUCUGUCAGUGUUUAAAUGAAGAUGAAUUACGUGACAGUAUUUUUAUGUUACUGUGUAAUAAACAAGAUAAACCUAACGCCAUGACUGCAGAAGAUAUUCAUAAAAAAUUCUCUGAAAAGUGCGGAACAAAGAAAGAUAUUGGUGUAUUUCCUGUCAGUGGAAUCAAUAGAGAAACUUUAAUGGAACCAUUAAAAUGGUUAUCAGAGAGAUUGGCUAGUAGACAAACUUGGAAUGUAACCAAAUCUUCUGUAACCGAAGCUAAAGACAUAGUAAAACCUGUAACCAAUCCUGUUGGAUAUUUCAAACAGAGUUGGUUUUAUUUCACAAGUUUAUUCCAAGCAACUGAAAAUUGAAAACAUUAUGUGAUGACAUAAUAAUAUAAUAACACUCCAUUCAGACUGAUUUAUAAUGUGAUAUAACACUCCAUUCAUACUGAUUUAUAAUGUGAUAUAACACUCCAUUCAGACUGAUUUAUAAUGUGGUAUAACACUCCAUUCAGACUGAUUUAUAAUGUGAUACUACGCUCCAUUCAGACUGAUUUAUAAUGUGAUAUAACACUCCAUUCAGACUGAUUUAUAAUGUGAUAUAACACUCCAUUCAGACUGAUUUAUAAUGUGAUAUAACACUCCAUUCAGACUG